AAAAAGGAAAAAACACAAGUGAGACUUUAACGCUAUUUGACGAAUUUGUUGUCGUUGUUCUUGGUCCGUACUAUCUCUCUCUGCGCCGUAUUCUCUCUAUCGAACUUGCCGAAUUUGUAUCAAACACGAACCUAACACUGGUUCCUCAAAGUGUUUGGGGGUUGUUUUUAGUCCAUGGAAAAAUCAAGCCCGGUGCAGAAAACCGUGGUGCUCCAGCCAUUUGUCAAGCUGGUGAGGCUCGUAGCGAGGGCUUUCUAUGAUGAUUAUACUACAAAGAGUGAUAAUCAGCAGAAAUCUGCAAAAAGUGACAACAGAGGGAUUGCCGCUGUGGUGCUGGAUGCGCUGACGAGGCGCCAAUGGGUUAGAGAAGAAGACUUGGCAAAAGAUUUGCAGUUGCACGCCAAGCAACUUCGAAAAAUUAUAAGACUCUUUGAAGAACAAAAAUUGAUUAUGCGUGACCACCGGAAAGAGACUGCAAAGGGUGUAAAGAUGUAUAGUGCUGCAGUGGCUGCUACAACUGAUGGCCGAGCAGAGGACAAAGUUAAGCUCCACACCCACUCGUAUUGCUGUCUUGAUUAUGCACAGAUAUCUGAUGUUGUUCGUUGUAAACUGCACCGGAUGAAAAAAAAGCUCAAAGAUGAGCUAGAAGAUAAGAAUACUGUUCAGGAGUAUGGCUGUCCUAACUGCCAAAGGAAAUAUAAUGCGCUGGAUGCUCUGAGAUUAAUUUCUAUGGAAGACGAUUCUUUCCAUUGCGAAAAUUGCAAUAGUGAACUUGUUGUGGAAUGUAACAAGCUAACUUCCGAAGAAGUAGUAGAUGGAGAUGAUAAUGGAAGGAGACGGCGGCGGGAAAAACUAAAAGAUAUGCUUCAGAGGUUGGAGGCUCAAAUGAAACCUCUGAUGGAUCAAUUAGAUAGAGUAAAAGAUCUACCAAUUCCUGAAUUUGGAUCUUUUCUGGCAUGGGAGGCUCGUGCAGCUAUGGCUGCUCGUGCAAAUGGUGAUCUUAAUCCUAAUGAUCCUUUGAGGUCACAGGGUGGGUAUGGUUCAACACCAAUGCCAUUUCUCGGAGAGACAAAGGUUGAGGUUAACCUUGGUGACGGGAACGAAGAUGUUAAAUCUAAAGGUGGAGAUUCCAGUCUGAAAGUCUUACCUCCAUGGAUGAUUAAGCAAGGAAUGAAUCUGACCGAGGAACAAAGAGGAGAAAUGAGACAGGUAGCAAAAGUUGAUGGUGGUUCAGGAGGAGCAGCAAAACUUUCAGAUGACAAGAAAUCAGUCAUUGGAAAUGGCGAUGAAAAGGAUUUGAAGGAUGAAUAUCUGAAAGCUUACUAUGCCGAACUGCUGAAGCAGCAAGAGCUUGCUGCGAGGCUUAAUCAACAAGAAUAUGAGAUUCAAUUGGCAACUACAUCCCCAGGUCGUCAGGUUGCUAAGAAGGCCAAACGUGAAGAGGAAGAUGUUGAAUGGGAAGAAGAGGCUCCUGUGGCAGCUAAUGGAAACUACAAAGUGGACUUGAACGUGGAAGCAGAAGCUUCGGGUGGUGAGGAAGAUGAUAUCGAUUGGGAAGAAGGCUGAAAAGCAAGUGGAUUAGAUCUGAUUUAUAAUGGAUGUCAAACUUGAUAAAAUAAACUUGGCUAUUGUAUAUUCCCAUUAAUUUGCCGUUAGCAACAUCCAAAAGAUAUCGUUUCUAUUUCGAAAAAUUAUAUAAUAUAAUUUAGACUCUGUGGAGUCGAACCA